AUGGGUGGGGUUGUUGUUAUUACCGUUGAUUUUUUUUUUUUAUUUUUUUUUUUUUUAUUAAUUUAUAAAAAUCUUUUAUCUAAAAUAAGUCUUGUAAAAAUGAAAUUUAUUAUUUGUUUAUCUAUAUUCAUAUUAUUUUUUAUUAAUUUAAAUAAUUGUCAAUCAUUACCAGAUAAUGGUAUACUUUAUCAAUCAUUUUUAAAUUGGAUGGAUAAUUAUGAAAUAAACUAUCCAACAAAUGAAAUCCAAAUAAAAUUUGAUAAUUGGAAGACUAAUUUAUUACAAGUUGUUGAAUUAAAUACUUGUAAUUAUUAUCCAGAAGUUAUUUACACAAACCAAGUUGAGUCAAAUCCAGGACAAAACACACCAAAAUUUGAAUUAAACAAAUAUUCAGGUUUGAAAGAAACAGAAUUUCAACAAAAAUAUUGUGGAGCAGAUCCAACAAUGGAAUUACCAUCAAAAGAUUCUGGAUUAUCAGGUGGUGCAAUCGCUGGUAUUGCAAUUGGUGUUGUUGCUGGAGUUUUAAUCCUUGGUGCUGCAGGUUUUCUUAUUUAUUCAAAGAAAAAGAAUGGAAAUUUAAAUAGUUUUAAAUUAAAAGUUUUCUCUGUAAGUUUUUAUUUUUUUUUUUUUUAA